AUGGGCCAACCAGGAAGCGGAGGCCCUGCUCCCGCGCAUGUGCAGUGCCCUGCGAUUCACGGCGGGAAGAGCUGUGUCCCGGAUUUCCGCGGCGUGGGGGGCGCGGGCCCUGGGUGCCGACUGGGCUGGCCCCACCACCGGCCUGCAUUCUGUGGAGAGUAUCCGGCCGCCAGGAAUCUGCUUCAGGCUUGCAAGCGGACGCCAUUUCUGCAUCGCAGAGAGUGUGCCGUGGCCUCAGCCAUGAGCGCAGCAGCUCCAGGCGGUCUCCUGGCCUGCAGCCUGGCCUUCACUCCACUGUUGACAGCUUCCCGGGAGAUUAAGAUCAAUGACCUCAAUGAGAAAGAUGUUGAUGAAUUCAAGUCUAAUGGUUUUAAGUGCCCAACAUGCUUUGCAGUGAUGGGAAGAAAGUGUGACAAUGAGCUCAAGUGGUGCACAGCUGAUAAAAUAAAGUGUGUUGAAUUUUCUGACAUCAUAAACACAGGCCUUAAAGACAUUGCUGUUGAAAUGAAGAAAUGCAUACGACCAGACCUAUGCAAAGAGAUGAUAACUUAUAUGGGCUUUCCAAUUGCUAACGAGAGUAAAAAUUGCAGAUCUGCCAUCAGAAAUGGGGCCAGAGUCAGACCCCCAACUCCUCUCUUCUUUGUUCUCUUCCUGGAGAAGAGUUUCAUUGAGCUCCUGCAAGUGCCCAGUCCUCUCCAUUUUUGAAUUAAAUGUAGUGUUGUGUGGGGUGGGU